AUGGGUCAUUUGAUUACUGUUGCGACGUGUUCGCUAAACCAAUGGGCGUUGGACUUUGUGGGGAAUUUGGAGAGAAUUCUUGAAAGCAUCCGGAUUGCCAAGGAGCGUGGAGCUAGAUUGAGAGUUGGGCCUGAAUUAGAGAUCACUGGAUAUGGAUGCUUUGAUCAUUUCCUUGAAGGUGAUACUUAUUUGCAUUCAUGGGAAGUAAUGGCCAAGAUACUUACAUCUGACGAUGCCAGAGAUAUUCUGCUGGAUAUCGGAAUGCCAGUGGCUCAUAAGAAUAUCAAAUACAAUUGCCGUGUCAUUCUUUAUAAUGGAAAGAUUUUGUUAAUUCGCCCAAAACUAUACUUGGCUAAUAGCAACAACUAUCGUGAGAUGAGAUAUUUUAUUCCGUGGCCUGCGCGUUUAGUAGAGGAAUAUUAUCUACCAAGAAUGAUAAAAAAUAUAACCGGACAGACUACCGUGCCAAUUGGUGAUGCGGUUAUUUCAACAUAUGACACUUGUAUUGGCGUAGAAUUAUGCGAAGAGCUAUUUACGCCCAACAGUCCUCAUAUUAGCAUGAGCUUGGACGGUGUCGAAAUUAUAAGUAACAGCAGUGGAAGUCAUCAUGAACUCCGGAAAUUAUACAGGCGUGUUGACUUGAUCAAAGGGGCUACAUUUAAAAAUGGAGGAAUUUACCUCUAUGCCAAUCAACAAGGGUGCGAUGGUGAUAGAUUAUAUUAUGACGGAUGCGCUCUGAUUGCCUUGAAUGGGCGGAUAAUAGCGCAAGGAUCACAAUUCUCAUUAAAGGAUGUGGAAGUAGUCACCGCAACAAUUGACAUUGAAGAUGUAAGGUCGCAUCGAUGCGCAAUUAGCAGAGGAAUGCAAGCAUUUCAAACAGUGGCCUAUAAGAGAUUCCAAGCUGAUAUGGCAUUGUCACAGCCAGAAAUAGACAAGAGGACGAAUAUACGGCCCACAGAAGCUAUUCAAGAGUUUUAUCACACACCCGAGCAAGAAAUAGCCUUGGGUCCGGCAUGCUGGCUAUGGGAUUACCUCCGUAGAUCAAAAACUAGUGGGUACUUUUUACCACUUAGUGGCGGCAUAGACAGUUGUUCAACUGCAAUCAUUGUAUAUUCUAUGUGUAAACUUGUCACGGAUGCUGCCCAAGAGGGAGAUGACAAGGUUAUCAGAGACGCCAGAAGAAUAGUCGGAGAAAGUGAAGAUUCCGAUUAUGUUCCCAGUGAUCCAAGAGAACUCUGCAAACGACUAUUCCAUACAUGCUAUAUGGGAACGGUUAAUUCGAGCAAAGAAACACGCGAUCGUGCUAAGCGAUUGGCAGAUGUAAUAGGGAGUUAUCAUAUCGAUUUAGAUAUGGACGAUAUUGUCAAUUCAGUCUGCAGACUAUUCACAUUUAUAACAAAACGAAAACCAACCUUUCGCUCACACGGGGGAACUAAUGUCGAAAAUUUGGCGCUGCAAAAUAUUCAGGCUAGGCUUCGUAUGGUCCUUGCGUAUCUUUUUGCUCAACUUAUGCCCUGGGUUCGCAAUCGCCCUGGAGGAUUACUCGUACUUGGAAGUGCUAAUGCGGAUGAAUGUCUAAGAGGUUACUUUACAAAGUAUGACUGCUCGAGUGCGGAUAUAAACCCUAUUGGAGCAAUCAGUAAAAUCGACUUGAGGCAAUUUAUUACUUACGCAAAGAACGAAUACCAAAUCGACAUUCUUGAUGAGUUUCUCAAUGCAACGCCAACAGCUGAGCUUGAACCGAUUACAGGAGAUUACGUCCAGGCAGAUGAAGCGGAUAUGGGAAUGACUUAUGAAGAGCUAUCGAUAUUUGGAAGGCUUCGCAAAAUUGAAAAAUGUGGUCCAUUCUCAAUGUUCUCCAAAUUAGUACAUAGAUGGGGCGACAUACUUCGACCGACUGAGGUCGCAACGAAAAUUAAGCGGUUUUUCAUCUAUUAUUCAAUCAAUCGUCACAAAAUGACAACACUUACGCCUGCGUACCAUGCAGAAUCAUAUAGUCCAGACGAUAACCGAUUUGAUCUGCGUCCAUUUUUGUAUAAUUCUGCUUGGGAAUGGCAGUUUGAAAGGAUCGAUACACUUGUAAAAGAAUUAGAGGAAAAUAAAUAA